CUACCCAAAGAGUUUGAUCAAUUAAUCAACUUGGAGAAGCUCUAUCUGAGUGGUAACCAAUUUAAAACAUUUCCAUCGCAAAUAUGCCAUUUAACCAGAUUGAGAACGCUCUAUUUUGGUGGUAAUCGACUGGAGACGGUACCUCAAAGUAUAAUCAAUUUAAAGCGAUUGGAAAUUCUCUACUUAGGUGGCAAUCAAUUGACUCAAGUACCAGCUGAAUUGGGCGCCUUGGAUUGCUUGCGCGCUCUAAUGUUGUGCGACAAUAAAUUAAAAAUUAUACCUGUAGCCUUGUCUAAGUUAACCAAGCUAAGAUCACUUAGCUUGCAUAAUAAUCAAUUGACCACUCUACCGGUUGAAAUUAUCCAUUUAGUCCACUUAUCGGAUUUAAGCUUACGAAAUAAUCCAUUGGUUUUUCAAUUUAUCCAAGAGUUGGAGUAUGAAGUUCCAACUCUCAAGGAAUUAAGUGGUCGAAUUAUUCGUAACUCCAAAAUUCCGUAUCGUCAGCUACCACUACCGCAAUGUUUAGUUAAAUUUUUAGAUUCUGCUCGACGUUGUCCGAAAUGCCGUGGUGUUUAUUUUGAUACAAGAGUUAAAGAAGUAAAAUUUGCUGAUUUUUGUGGAAAGUACCGUUUACCGCUACUGAGAUAUUUAUGCUCGCCACCAUGUCAAUCUGGCAAUUCAAGCGAUUAUAGUAGCGAGGAAGAAGAAGCAGCUCAAAGGCAGAAAAUGCAAAGAGUCUUGUUAGGC